CCCCGGACAGUACAGACUUGCCAUCAUACUCAACACUAGCUAGCUAGCUCAAUAGCAGCACGCCAGCACCAGCGCAAAACAACGUUACAACAACCUACCGUAACGCAUCAUUUCUUCCAUUGCAUAGCAUCUGUGCACUGUCUGAGCUCCAGGUGUGACGUAGUGGCUACUGGCUAGAUAUUUGCGAUGCUUGCGGUGUCUCCGGUCGGGUGCCCCGAUAUGGAGGAGCGCGCCGGAUGUGCCGGCAUGGAGAUGAAGGCGAUUGGGCCUGUGUCCGACCUGGAUUUCGAUUUCACGGUUGAUGACAUAGACUUCGGGGACUUCUUCCUCGGGCUAGAUGACGGCGAUGCGCUGCCGGACCUUGAGGUCAACCCUUCCGACAUCUUCACCGACUUUGAGGCGAUCGGCACCGGUGGCGAUGGUGUUAUGGACCAGGAGGUGCCCAGUGUCCAUCCCUCGGUGGAUACGGCGCACGUAAGUGCCGUGGAUCCAUGCAGCGGUCUCCUUGGCAAGGAGAACAUUACGUUUGUAGAUGUUGAAGAAGGGAAAUGGGAGUGCAUCCAUAUUGCCGAGGAUGUGGUAGUCGGGAAUGGUGACUUUGGCGCCGAUGAAGCCGUCGCGGCUGAGGAGAAAUCGCCAUCUUCUACGACAUCAUCGUCGCAGGAGGCUGAGAGCCGGCACAAGUCGUCCAGCAAGAACUCCCAAGGAAAGAAGAAAGCAAAGGUGGACUGGACGCCGGAACUUCACCGGAGGUUCGUGCAGGCGGUGGAGCAGCUCGGCAUUGACAAGGCAGUGCCGUCAAGGAUACUGGAGAUCAUGGGCAUCGAUUCCCUCACGCGACACAACAUAGCCAGUCAUUUGCAGAAGUACCGGUCACACAGGAAGCACAUGCUUGCAAGGGAAGCUGAGGCGGCAAGCUGGACCCAGAGGCGGCAAAUGUACGCCGCAGGGGGAGGCGCCACAGCCGUGAAAAGGCCAGACUCGAACGCGUGGACCGUGCCGACAAUCGGCUUCCCUCCGCCGCCACCGCCGCCCCCUCCUCACCCUAUGCAGCACUUCGGCCGGCCGUUGCACGUCUGGGGCCACCCGACCCCAACAGUGGACUCGCCCAGGGUGCCAAUGUGGCCGCGGCACCUGGUCCCCCGCGCCACGACGCCGCCGUGGGCUCCUCCUCCGCCGUCUGACCCGGCAUUCUGGCACCACCCUUACAUGAGGCCACAUAUGCCGGACCAAGUGACUCCUUGCGUGGCAAUACCAAUGCCAGCUGCGAGAUUUCCUGCUCCACCUGUGCGAGGAGUUUUGCCGUGUCCAUCUCCAAUGUACAGACCACUAGUUCCUCCAACACUCGCGAGCAAGAGUAGUCAGCAAGAUACGCAGCUGCAACUACAGGCACAACCGUCAAGUGAGAGCAUAGAUGCAGCGAUUAGUGAUGUUUUAACAGAACCGUGGCUGCCACUGCCUCUUGGCCUGAAGCCGCCUUCAGUGGACAGUGUCGUGGGCGAGCUGCAGAGGCAAGGUGUGGCAAAUGUGCCUCCGGCUUGUUGAUGAUCUCUGGAAGAUGGACGAUGCAUGAAUCCAUAGCUGUUCGUCCGAUCAGUCCGACAAAAAAAAUUUGCCGACAUGCCUUUUUUUCUGUAGUUUUUGUGAACCAUUUAUGGACCACUCUCUUAACUUGUGCAGAGUUAAGAAAAAAAACAGAGACUACGUCUUUGUUUCAGCUUCUAGAGAAAUUAACCUGAGUACAUCCAUGUACGUUGUGCUGUUUGUCGGAAUAAAGUAAUAUGUACCUGUAGGCUUGGCCUUAAUCAUGUUUGCGAUAAUCUUACUUCAGACUUCUAGUU